CAGAGAGAUGGCGGAGCCCACAACAGGCUUAACUGCCCUGAACGAGAGCCAUGAAGAGGCUGAGCCCCUGGGCAAUGGCACGUCCUUCUGGGAUGGAGACGGUUGGGAUGCGGGCAACAGCACGACCCCUGAGCGCCGACACCCCUACAACUUUUAUGCCAUGUUGCUGACCCUGCUCAUCUUUGUCAUCGUCUUUGGGAAUGUCCUGGUGUGCAUGGCAGUGUCACGGGAGAAGGCCCUCCAGACCACGACCAACUACCUGAUAGUCAGCCUUGCCGUGGCGGACCUGCUGGUGGCCACGCUGGUCAUGCCGUGGGUCGUGUACCUCGAGGUGGUGGGAGAGUGGCGCUUCAGUCUCAUCCACUGUGAUAUCUUUGUCACACUCGAUGUCAUGAUGUGCACAGCCAGCAUCCUCAAUCUGUGUGCAAUCAGCAUUGACAGGUACACAGCCGUCGCCAUGCCGAUGCUUUACAACACACGGUACAGCUCCAGGCGCAGAGUCACUCUGAUGAUCGCCGUCGUCUGGGUCCUGUCGUUUGCCAUCUCCUGCCCCCUGCUGUUUGGACUCAAUAACACAGCCACAAGAGACGUAGCGAAAUGCAGCAUCGCCAACCCAGCUUUUGUGGUCUACUCCUCCAUCGUCUCCUUCUAUGUUCCUUUCAUCAUCACACUGCUUGUCUACGUGCAGAUCUACGUGGUGCUUCGUCGGCGACGGAAGAGGGUGGCUACGCGGCGUUGUAGCUCUGGAAUGGACCCUGAGCCACACCCUCCCAUAAAGAACAAAUGCACACAUCCCGAAGACGUGAAGCUGUGCACUUUAAUUGUAAAAUCCAGCAAUAACCUGCAGUCCAACAGGAAGAAAGUGACUUUGGUUAAAGAAGCUGUAGUGCACCCUGCUGACUCGGACCGAAUUCGAUUUCUGACCCAGCCGGAGAGGAGCCGGCCCAAAAUCACUCCGAUAGGAAUACAGUCUCUUUCUCCGUCACCCUCCCGGCCUCUUCCCAGUGGAGCCAUCUUGCCUUCCACAAUCGAAGCACCAGCUGUACCCCAGCUUCUCAAUGGGCAGCAUAGACUGAAAAGGGCUUUUGAGCUGCCACGUGCAACGGCGACUGGGGAUGAAAAGUCGGCCCUCAAAUCAGUGGCGAAGGGCAAGCUGUCCCAGCAGAAAGAGAAGAAAGCCACACAAAUGCUGGCUAUCGUCCUGGGUGUUUUCAUCAUCUGCUGGUUCCCUUUCUUCAUCACGCACAUCCUACGAGUGAACUGCCUGCAGUGCUACAUCUCUCCUGAGCUCUACAGCAUUGUCACUUGGCUCGGUUAUGUCAACAGCGCUGUCAAUCCCAUCAUCUACACCACCUUCAACGUGGAGUUCCGCAAAGCGUUCAUGAAGAUCCUCCACUGCUGAAACAUGAAGCCAAAUCCCACACACAUCGGUCUAACUGAACGCCUUGCACUUCUGAGCCACUCAACCCUUAUGGACCUUUACUGGACCACCUAAAAAGCCUUCAGGGUUUCUUCUCUGCCUUAGGCCCCACACUUUCUGGUUACUCAUCCUUGAAGUUUUUUUUUUGAACGUUGAGAGUGAAGACCUCAGUGUGUUGGAUGACAGCAGGACUGCAAAAAAAGGGCUGACAGAGAAACCAAAAAACGAGGUGCUGAGAUUAGGAGUAACACGUCACCUUCACGUUUGCCAUCCUAUUCCUUCUAAAAUGUUGAAUUCUGAUUUAAGAGAAAGACCACAAGAAUGAAGUCACCAUGUCUCAUUCGUUCAGGGUGAUGGAUUCCACAUGUCUUUGGACUCCUGACUCACUGGUUUGUGUUUCAGCUGCGAGGCUUUAGAAGUUCCAGUUAGAGAUAAAGAUGGAGUCUGGAUGAAGGGCCACUGCAGCCAAGCAAAACGAGCCCAAGAGGAGUCAAACAUCUCCGAUCAAGAAGAAUGCUGGCCUGCUGCUAUGGCCAUUACUGUGGAAUACGUCAGCCAUUCAUCUGUUAUCUGGUCACAGUGGGAUGGAGCCUCUGCUGUUAGCACGGGGUACGUGACAAGUGUCAGCCUGUAUGGGGUGCCAGUCCAUCACGGGCCACACACAUCCCCACUGGGCCAACUGAGGGUCCACAAUUCACCUGACAGGAAAACUACAAAAAAAACCCAGCAGUGACCAUGUCAAGACUUGACCCUGGGCAUAUCUGGAAGAGUAAAGAAAAACUACUAACCGCUGUGCCACCAAGCUGCCCUUCUUGUCCUACAGAAAAACCUUUGAGAAUCACUGACCAGACUGAAACUGACAGGCCUUGUCACCUUCAGACAAACAUCAAGGUGGGACAGUCACCUCUUAAUUAACACCCAUCUUAACAUCUGCACAGUCUAUCCCUGAUGGCACACCAGUCAUAUGAAGGGCAGA